AUGAGGCUCGCGGUCUGCUCCGUGCUGUGCGCGGGGGCUCUGGGGCUGUGUCUGGCUGUCCCUGAAAAAACUGUGAGAUGGUGCACUACCUCAAGUCAUGAGGCCAAUAAAUGCUACAGCUUCCGUGACAACAUGAAUAAUGUCCUUUCAGUGGAGGGUCCUCAUGUCACCUGUGUGGAGAGAACCUCUUACCUUGAGUGCAUCAAGGCCAUUGUGGCAAACAAAGCAGAUGCUGUGACCAUUGAUGGAGGUUUGGUGUUUGAGGCAGGCCUGGCCCCCUACAACCUGAAGCCUGUCGUGGCAGAAUUCUACGGGUCAAAAGACGAUCCACAGACUCACCAUUAUGUUGUAGCCGUGGUGAAGAAGGGCAGCGAUUUCCAGCUGAACCAGCUCCAAGGCAAGAAGUCCUGCCACACAGGCCUGGGAUGGUCUCCUGGGUGGAACAUCCCCAUCGGGAUACUUCUUCCCUCUGACUUGGUUGGAAAACCAGCAGCGGCUAAGUUCUUCGCGGGCAGCUGCGUCCCCUGUGCGGAUCAGACGGCUUUCCCCAAACUGUGCCAACUGUGUGCGGGGAAGGGGACCGACAAGUGCGCCUGCAACUCCCACGAACCAUACUUCGGCUACUCAGGGGCCUUCAAGUGUCUUCAGGACAGUGUGGGGGACGUGAGCUUCGUGAGGCACAUGACGGUGUUUGAGAACCUGGCUGACAAGGCUGACAGGGACGAGUAUGAGCUGCUCUGCAGGGACAACACACGGGGGCCUGUGGACGAGUACGAGAGGUGCCACCUGGCCCGGGUCCCUUCCCACGCUGUCGUGGCACGAAGCAUGGGCGGCAAGGAGGACUUGAUCUGGGAGCUUCUCAACCUGGCCCAGGAAAAUUUUGGAAAAGACAAGUCAGCAGAAUUCCAGCUCUUCGGCUCUCCUCAUGGAAAGGACCUGCUGUUUACGGACGCCGCCCUUGGGUUUUUAAGAGUCCCACCUAAGAUGGACGCCAAGCUAUACCUGGGAUAUGAGUAUUUUUCUGCCAUCCAGCAUCUAAUGAGUGACCUAGGGACAGAAGACCCCCAGAGGGUGAUGUGGUGCGCAGUGGGCCAACACGAGAAGGCCAAGUGUGACGAGUGGAGUGCCCUGAGCGGUGGCAUCUUGAAGUGCACCGCGGAGGAGACCACCGAGGGCUGCAUCGCCGCCGUCGCGAAAGGAGAGGCUGAUGCCAUGAGCUUGGAUGGAGGCUUCAUCUACACAGCGGGCAAAUGUGGUCUGGUGCCUGUCCUGGCAGAGAACUACUUGUCUCAAGAUGGCAAAGAGCAGCUUGGGUCUAAGUGUGUGAACACACCUGUGGAAGGUUAUUACGUCGUGGCAGUGGUCAAGAAGUCAGAUGCUGACCUCACCUGGGAUUCUCUGCGAGGCAAGAAGUCCUGCCACACUGCAGUUGGCACUUCUGCAGGCUGGAACAUCCCCAUGGGUUUCAUAUACAACAAAACUGGGUCCUGUAAAUUUGAUGAAUUCUUCAGUCAAAGCUGUGCCCCUGGGUCUGAUCCAGCGUCCAGUCUCUGUGCCCUGUGCAAUGGCAGUGGCACGCCAGCCCACACGUGUGCUCCCAACAGCCACGAGGGGUACUACGGCUCGAGUGGGGCUCUCAGGUGUCUGGUUGAGAAGGGAGACGUGGCCUUUGUGAAGUAUCCCACGGUCCUGCGGAACACUGACGGAAAGAACCCUGAAGCCUGGGCGAAGGAUCUGAAGCAGGAGGACUUCCAGCUGCUGUGCCUCGAUGGCACCAGGAAGCCUGUGACCGAGGCUCAGAGCUGCCACCUGGCCAUAGCCCCAAGUCAUGCUGUGGUCUCAAGGAAAGAUAAGGCGGAUUUUGUCCGCAGAAUGCUCUUCAAUCAACAGGAGCUCUUUGGAAGAAACGGGUUUGAAUACAUGAUGUUCCAGCUGUUCAAAUCCUCAAGCAAGGAUCUUCUCUUCAGCGAUGAUACAGAAUGUUUGGCUAACCUUCAGGACAGAACAACUUAUCAAAAAUACUUAGGGCCAGAGUAUCUUCAUGCUAUUGCUAACAUGAGACAGUGCUUACACUCUGAACUUCUGGAUGCCUGCACAUUCCAUGGAAAUUAA